UUAGCAACGCUUGGAACUCUGAGCCGGACUAUUUCCUUGGCACCGCGGACAGAAUUGCCGAUAAUGAUCACAUUUUAGAAGAGAGGAGGAUUAAAGAACCCUCCCUAUUCCACAGAGAUGUGAAUAAGCAAUUAACUACUGUCACUAGCGGAACAGCAGUGAGCCCAGAUGUUCGCAACGGGAACAUGCCCUGUGCACAGCUCCUGCACUUCCUGCGCAAGAACAUCAUCAUCACCGCCUUCUCCGUGGCCGCCAUCCUUGCCGUCACGAUCAUGCUGCUGCUCAUGUUGACCUCGUACGUCAGGAGCAGGCAGCCCCUAUACCCGCCGGCAAACAUGACCUAUAAUAUUUUCAUCAUGAAUGGCAAGACUUGGUGGCAGAAGUCUCCAGAAAAGAAUCUCAGGAAGUUUUCUGGGAAGCAGAAGCUUCUGAAGAGCAAUUCGUGUGUCUAAGGCAGGUGGUGGGGCAGCUACCCAAGACUGCAGACUGCGCCGUGGGGCUGCACUCCAUCUGGACACCAUGGAGAGGCAGUUGGAUUUCUGGCUGCAAGGAGCCCUCACUAAACAUCUUCACCUUCUCAUCACUCAGUCUUGAAUGGACUAAGAAAAAGUACUGCACCGUAGGAUGCUUAUGGUGAAAUGGUGCUAAUG